AUUUUGCCUGAACCUUGUCUUUUCACAUUCUAAUAUUCUAAUAUCUAAUAUUUAAAUUUUUAGGGGUGAAAUUUUUAGUAAAUUUGUGAAUACAUUUUAAUUAAUAAAUAGAAUUUUAUCUUCAGUGCUACCACACGUAAUACCGUUUACAUUCGAAGAUGAAGCCAAUUCGGGCGAUAUGGCGCAAGUGUCUUGUUAUGCGACGAAAGGAGAUACUCCAUUGUCCUUUUCAUGGUUGCGUAAUGGGUUACCCAUAUCGCAACAGGUUAAAGGCGUUAAUAUAAUGAUGCUGGGAACAAAAACUUCAGUGUUGAGUAUCGAUUCUGUCGACUGGCACCACGCUGGUAACUAUACGUGCGUGGUCUCUAACAGAGCUGGAAUUUCAACACAUACAUCAGAAUUGUUCGUUAAGGGUAUAUAGUUAUUGAUUUGUCUUGCUUGUUUUCACUAAAUUUCCUAAAAACAGUUCCUUAACAUCCUUUUUUGGCCCUUAGUGCUACCCCACGUUAUACCAUUCACUUUCGAAGAGGAAGCUAACUUCGGGGAUAUGGCUCAAGUUUCGUGCUAUGCAACUAAAGGCGAUAUGCCAAUGAUUUUUUCUUGGAUGCGUAAUGGUGCUCCAAUAUCACCGCAGAAUAAGGGAAUUGCUGUAAACAUGUUUGGAACGAAAACAUCGUUGUUGAGUAUUGCAUCUGUUGAUUGGCAUCACGCUGGGAACUAUACAUGCGUAGUAGCUAAUAAAGCUGGUAUUUCUACUCAAAGCGCGGAAUUAUUAGUCAAGGUUCCACCAAGAUGGAUUUUGGAACCGACUGAUAAAGCAUUUGCUCAAGGUUCUGAUGCUGUUGUUGAAUGUAAAGCUGAUGGAUUUCCCAAGCCCAUAGUUACAUGGAAAAGGGCUACUGGUGUAUCCCCUGGAGAUUAUAAAGACUUUAAACCUAAUAACCCUGAUAUAAAAGUCGAAGAUGGAACUUUAACUAUAAAUAACAUUCAAAAAACUAAUGAAGGCUAUUACCUUUGCGAAGCUGUCAAUGGAAUUGGCUCAGGAUUGUCAGCUGUUAUCCUAAUCAGCGUACAAGCUCCACCGCAAUUUGACGUUAAAUAUCGCAACCAAACUUCGAGAAGAGGUGACCCCGCGGUACUCCAAUGCGAAGCAAAAGGCGAAAAACCAAUAGGCAUUAUCUGGAACAUCAACAACAAAAGACUUGAACCCAAAGGCGAUAACAGAUACACCAUCAGAGAACAAAUAUUGCCAAACGGUGUUUUAUCAGAUUUGAGCAUCAAACGCACAGAAAGAGGGGAUUCAGCCAUAUUUACAUGUGUAGCUACAAAUGCAUUCGGUAGUGAUGAUACUAAUAUUAAUAUGAUUAUACAAGAGGUUCCUGAAGUACCAUACGGGCUGAAGGUUUUGGAUAAAUCUGGUAAAACUGUUCAACUAUCUUGGGUCUCGCCUUAUGAUGGAAAUUCUCCUAUUAAGAAAUUCCUAAUCGAAUACAAACCAAGCAAGGGAAGUUGGGACAAAAAUUCCGAACGGGUGCUUAUUCCUGGCGACCAAACAGAAGCGGGAAUCUUCACAUUACGCCCAGCUACUACAUACCACAUUAGAAUUAUAGCAGAAAACGAUAUUGGAUCCAGCGAUCCUUCAGAUACUGUUACCAUAAUUACCGCUGAAGAAGUUCCAAGCGGGCCACCUACUAAUAUUAAAGUUGAAGCCGAAGAUCAACAUUCUAUAAUUGUUUACUGGAAACCCCCAUUGAGGGACCAUUGGAACGGAGACAUACAGGGUUAUUACAUUGGUUAUAAACUAGCAAAUACCGAUAAGCCUUACUUAUUCGAGACUGUUGAAAUUCAAAGAGAAGAUGAGGCUAAGGAACACAACUUAAAGAUUACUAACCUGAAAACCUACACUCAAUAUUCUGUGAUAUUACAAGCAUUUAAUAAAGUUGGAGCUGGUCCAACAUCUGAAGAAAUCAAAGCCAACACUGCAGAAGGAGUUCCAGAACAACCACCAGAAAAAGCAACUUGUACUACACUCACUGCUCAAACUAUCAGGGUUUCUUGGGUAUCGCCACCUUUGACAUCCGCCAACGGUGUUAUCAAAGGCUACAAAGUUAUAUACGGACCUUCAGAUUCUUGGUUUGACGAAAAAACCAAAGACACAAAAAUAACUGCUUCAAGUGAAACUAUACUGCAUGGUUUAAAGAAAUACACAAAUUACAGCAUGGAAGUGUUGGCCUACACCUCAGGAGGAGAUGGAGUAAGAACGACGCCAAUUCACUGUCAAACCGAACAAGAUGCACCAGAAGCACCAACUGCUGUCAAAGCUUUAGUUAUGUCAGCCGAUUCAAUUUUAGUGAGUUGGAAACCACCAAUCGAACCAAAUGGCAUUAUCGAGUAUUACAUGGUAUAUUACAAAGAGACUGGUAAUAAUGAUGACAAACCCAAAUCGCAGAAGAUCGUUCCCAACUUGCGAAACCAAAACUUAAGUUACCAAGCUAAAAAUUUAGAUAGCAAUCUUAAAUACGAAUUUUGGGUGACAGCCGCAACAACCAUUGGAGAAGGGCAGGCUUCAAAGAAAGUUACAGUGUCGCCUAGCACAAGUGUUCCCGCCAAGAUAGCAUCAUUUGACGACACAUUUACCACCACCUAUAAAGAAGAUGUAACAUUACCAUGUUUGGCAGUGGGUGUACCAACACCAGUCAUCACGUGGACCAUUAAAGGAGUGAAAUUUUCGGCUAAUACUAAUGAUAGAGUACGUCAACAUCCUGAUGGAUCAUUAUUUAUUAGAGACAUCACUCGUACUGAUGCUGGAGAGUAUUCAUGCAAGGUCGAAAAUGAUUAUGGUCAAGAUUUCGUUACUCAUCACCUUAUAGUCAACGCACCACCAAACGCUCCGAUAGUUCAAUUGACUGCAACCACUACAAACUCUUUGACAAUCAAACUCAAACCUCACGAAACUGAUGGAGAACCAAUUCACGGUUACACCAUUCACUAUAAACCUGAAUUUGGAGAUUGGGAGACGAUACAAGUCGGUCCGCAUGUGGAUAAACAUACCAUUGAGAAGUUGUUGUGUGGUACAAGGUACCAAUUGUACGUUACCGCGUAUAAUAGCAUUGGAACAGGAGACCAAUCGGACAAUUUGAAUCCCAAAACUAAAGGAGAGAAACCUAUCAUUCCCAGUGCUGAUAAGUUCAUAGAAGUAUCUUCCAAUAGUAUUACAUUGCAUUUAAACGCAUGGUCGGAUGGAGGUUGUCCAAUGUUGUAUUUCGUCAUAGAACAGAAGAAAAAGACAAGCACAGAAUGGAUCCAGGUAUCUAAUCAUGUGAAGCCAGGCGGUAAUUUUGUACUUCUCGAUUUAGACCCAGCUCAGUGGUACCAUCUGAGGGUGACGGCUCAUAAUAAUGCUGGAUUUAAUGUGGCUGAAUAUGAGUUUGCUACACUUACUGUUACAGGAGGUACAAUCCCAACUGUCGAACAAAAGCAGACACCAAAACCAAAUAGAGAGCAACCCAGUAUGUUCAAAAAACAUUGGCAAUGUUAUUCAAGUUGUAUAAGCCAAAUUGAAAAUAUUGAAUUAGAAUACGAAUUAUGA